AUGUCACCACCAUUGGAUGCGUCUCCUUCGUCCGCCUCCCACUGGAAACGAACCGUAAACGAUGUUGCUUCCUUCUCUUCUUGCCUCCUUUAUCGUUUCUCAUGUCAAGAUAUAAGGGAUCCAUAUCAAAAUCAGCACAACAUUGUAUAUCCACCUUCAAAUAAUCAAAAUUAUGCUGUUAGAACAGAAAGUAGCAAUGCAAUCUUCAACCUAUCUUCUGGAUGGCAUCAUGACACAUCAGCAGAAAUGGGAAUUGUAGAUGUAAGUCCAUCUAUUUCUUCUGCCAUUAGUAAUGAUGUUUCUCGAUUUGGAAGCUUUGUGGAAAAUGAUAGUAUGCAAGAGUUUCGUGUUAUUGUUGAAGAUGUAACUGAUAAUCGGCCACCUGGCAUCCCUUCAUCUGUAGCAGUGAUGCCAUAUGUUCAAGAUGAAUCAAGUGAUGGAGUUUUAGUAAUUAGAAACAGAGAAAAUGAGAUUGUUGCUCAAUCUCAUAGCAAGGAUGUUGAGGAUGAUAAAGGAGUGAAUGGUGAACACCAUACAACAGUAGCUAAAGCUGAAGAUGGGAUGCAUGGUCUGCAGAUGAUAUCAUUUGAUCGGAGAAAGAGGCUUCUAAUUAUGCAAGAUGUUGCAGUUGGCAUGGAGUAUUUGCAUUGGAAAAACAUUGUUCAUUUUGAUUUAAAAUGUGAAAACUUGCUUGUUAAUUUGGGAGAUCCUCAUAGACCCGUAUGCAAGAUUGGUGAUUUUGGUUUAUCAAGAAUUAAACGGAACACACUUGUGUCGGGUGAAGUAAGAGGAACACUUCCAUUGAUGGCCCCGGAGCUUUUUAGUGUUCUUAACAAUCUAAUUUCCCUAAUCAUAUUUACUCUUAUGACAAUUUGUUAAUGUUAGCAUAUGAAGCUUUUGAAGGAAAGCAUACAUAACUAUGUAUUGCACUUAUGUGUUUUAACCUUUUUGCCCCUC